UUUGAAGGACUCCUUUCUUUUGUUUUUUUCCUUAUAGGGCUUCCCGAGGAAGAGAAUGAUUUUUAGGCAAACCGACCAAGCCCAGAACCUGAUAACACCAAACGUCACAUGCUGACAGCUCUUUGGAAAACCUUUCCCCUUGGAAUCUACACUUUGACUGAGCUUUCAAACCAGAAGUUCAUCUUACCCAGGAAAGAAUGGCUUACGUGAAGAUGAGAUGGGUCUAUAUUUCCCUGGUGGUCGUGGGAGCCCUUUGUCUGUAUUUUAGCUUGGACGGUCUGAGUCCUUCUCAAGGAGAACCCUUGGCUUUCAAGAAAAAAAACGAGGACUUCCUUCAGCUCCCGGAUAUAGACUGCAGGCAGGAUCCCCCCUUCCUCGUCCUGCUGGUGACCUCGUCCCACGGGCAGCUGUUGGCACGCAAGGCCAUCCGGCAGACGUGGGGAAAAGCGAGCACCGUGCAGGGAAAGCGAAUCAGGUCCUUCUUCCUCCUGGGAACCACCAACAGCGGGGACCUCUCGCGAGCGGUGGCCCAGGAGAUCGAGCAGUAUCACGACAUCAUCCAGAAGGGCUUUCUGGACGUGUAUUUCAAUCUGACGCUCAAGACCAUGAUGGGCAUGGAGUGGGUGUCCCGCUUCUGUCCGCAGGCGACCUUCGUCAUGAAAACGGACUCCGACAUGUUUGUCAAUACCUACUAUCUGACGGACCUGCUCCUGGCCAAGAACCGAACGACGCGGUUUUUCACGGGCUUCCUAAAACUGAACGAGUAUCCCAUCAGGAGGAGGUACAACAAGUGGUUUGUCAGCAAGUACGAGUACCCGUGGGAGAAGUACCCGCCCUUUUGCUCGGGCACCGGCUAUGUCUUCUCCAGCGACGUGGCAGGGCAGGUGUACGGUGUGGCCGAGAGCGUCCCGUUCAUUAAACUGGAAGAUGUCUUUGUGGGGCUCUGCCUGGAAAAACUGCAAAUCAAACUGGAGGAACUGCACUCCAAGCAGACGUUCUUCCCCGACGGGCUGCCCUUCACCAUCUGCCGCUACCGGAAGAUCGUUGCUUCCCACCACGUCAAGCCUCAAGACCUCCUGAACUACUGGCAGGCUCUGGAAGGUUCCUUGGAGGCAGAGUGUCCAGAGGCCUGAGCGGGGCCCAAAGGCACAGCUGG